CCCGAGCGACUUCUUAUUUCCCUCCCGUUCUUCGAUUCUUGCAUCUUCCUCGAUCGAGAAACAGAAACCCUAUUGAAGAACAAGAUUGCUGCGAUUUUCCCUCCUAUUCUUCGUAUCUUCAUAUUCGUCAAGAAUAAGAAAAAGAAUAAUAUAUAGAAGACUUCAGCUUGCUGCGAAUUUCCUCAUUCGAUUUGGUCGAUUCAAGCUUCGAUUAGGUUGUAACAAGCUUCGUAUGCUCAUCUCAUAUACUCAUUCUUUGAAUGAUUUCGCUAGCUUCCAAAGGCAAGUUCGUGUCCCGGAUAUUGACAUUAUCUGUCAUCCGGCAAGCCAAGAAGAUAAGAAUGAGAUGUUAAAAGGUUAAAAAUGGAAACGCAGUUUGAAUCUCAGAAAUGCAGCAAGUAAACAACAAAAUGAUAACCUGCCCAGAAAUGGUUACUCUUCAGUGUAGAUGUUUGUUCGUUGAAACUUUAAAGGAAGCAUGGAUCACAGCAAAUUUCACUCUGAAAUGGGGUCUCGAUCGUUUCGGGAAGAUGAAUGAGAGGGAACUUGCCGGCUUCAAAUGCACACAGCUUCUAUCGAUUCUGAAAUGGGGUUUCGCUCAUUGAGGAAGAUGAAGCAGCAUCGAAGCUUGGAUCGAAUGGGCGGGAAACUUGGCUCAUAAAUUCGGAUUCGAUGGUAGAGCAGUCGGGUAAAGUGGGGGAGGAGUCGGGUAGUAGGGUAAAAUGGCCUCAUUAUAGAGUAGCCGUUCGAUUAUUCAAGGCCACGUGUCCCACGCUGAGCCCCUAACCGGCACACUUCGCUGGCCGAAGGCUCAUCGGAGAGGAUCUGGAUCCCAUCUGACCGGCCGGAUUGUUUUUCCCUUUUGUUUUGUAUUUUUUUUUUAAUAAAAUGAUAAUAUUUCUAUUAUUUGAUUGGCUUUUGUACAAUGAUCCCUUGUUUUUUUGUUCUUUAAAUAAAUAAAUAAAUAAAGACAAAUCUGAAUACAACUUGAUACAUCAGAUGUGCUUCAGUUGGUGCAUUUUCCGGCGACACCCUCCCUUUCAGACAGCACCUUUCAGACAGCACAGGGAACCACAGCCUAAGAUAUGGUGAUUGUUAUAAUAACAUUGGUUUUGGGUGUCUUACUGGGUGCCUUUUUUCUCAUUCCACGAGCACAUAGGCCUGGUAAUGCAGAAGUUGUUAAGCCGAAUCAGAACAUUAAGGCAUCUAAAGUCUACACAAGAAGUGAAAUCUCCUUGCAUAAUAAGAAGACUGAUUGUUGGAUCAUCAUCAAAGAUAAGGUGUAUGAUGUCACUUCUUAUGUGGAGGAACAUCCAGGUGGAGAUGCAAUACUAGCACAUGCAGGGGAUGAUUCAACAGAAGGGUUUUAUGGGCCACAGCAUGCAACCCGUGUCUUUGACAUGAUUGAAGACUUCUACAUUGGGGAUUUGCACAUCAUUGAUUAAAACCUAUCACUCUUUUUAUAUCCUGCUUUUGGUGUAACAUUGGUUCUGGUUCUAGCAAUUUUUUUUUGUAAAAAUGGAAACUUACAGUAGUGUCUCUAGAUUUGAUCUAAUUUUAUAUGGAUAAUCAUUCAUGAAUUUAGAGCUACUGUUUUUAUUUA